UUACCACUUAAUAAAAUGCUUGCUUCAGUAGCUGUUUUGAACAGCUGGUUUACACAAUCAUAUACAUACAAAAGUGUUGAAAACUAUAUAAAAGUCUUUUUAAAACUAUUUAACUUUUCAUUUUAUGGAAAGAUCAGCGCUUUGUUUUCUGUGUCAUUUCUGUAUGAAUAUGUAUACGAAGUGCCGAUGUUCAUUCUUCCCUCACGUAUUUUGUGCCAACAAACGCGUCAAUUACGAAGUAAACAAAUAAUUAUAAGUACUGCUCUCCACAAUUUACAACAAAGGGAACAAUCUAGCAUUGCCAUGGAAAAAUUCGGUCUGCCUAAACGUUUGCAGGGCGGCAAGCCAAGUGUUUGGAAUGAGUACAUUACGUUAGCUAUGCAAUACAAACCCCUCAAUUUAGGGCAGGGAUUUCCAGACGAACUUCCACCAUCUUAUGUUACGAAUGCCUUAGCGGAUAUAGCGAAAAGCGACAAUCCUAUGCUGCAGCAAUAUACACGUGGUUAUGGUCAUUUAAGGCUCGUGCAAGCAUUGAGUAAACUUUACUCAGGAUUAGUUAAGCGUGAGAUAAAUCCACUUAGCGAAAUUCUUAUAACAUCGGGCGCAUACGAAGCACUCUAUUCGGCUAUAAUGGGUCAUAUCGAUGAUGGAGACGAAGUAAUUAUCAUUGAGCCAUUUUUUGAUUGCUAUGAGCCUAUGGUGAAAAUGGCAGGUGGUGUGCCACGUUUCAUAGCACUGAAACCGAAUAAAUCGAAUGGUACUGUGAGUUCUGCCGACUGGGUGCUGGACGAUGCCGAACUGGAACAACUUUUCAACAAUAAAACCAAAAUGAUUAUACUCAACACACCGCACAACCCAAUCGGAAAGGUGUUCCAUCGCGAAGAGUUAGAACGUAUCGCUGCUCUAUGUCGUAAAUGGAAUGUUUUGUGCCUAUCAGAUGAGGUCUAUGAAUGGCUGGUUUACGAUGAUGCUAAGCAUAUUCGUAUUUGUACUUUGCCCGAUAUGUGGGAACGUACCAUAACAGUUGGUUCGGCCGGCAAAACAUUUUCAGUAACUGGCUGGAAAAUCGGUUGGGCCUAUGGACCAGCGAACUUAAUUACCAAUUUACAACUUGUGCAUCAAAACUCAGUGUAUACGUGCCCUACUCCAAUACAAGAGGCAGUAGCACGAGGCUUUGAGUUGGAGCUAACCCGGCUGGAAUCUCCUGAUUGUUAUUUCAAUAGUUUGCCACAAGAAUUAAAAGUGAAAAGAGACUUCAUGGCGAAAUUUUUGCAGGACGCAGGUCUGAAGCCUACAAUACCCGAGGGUGGCUACUUCAUGUUAGCUGAUUGGAGUAAAUUGGGUAACAAAAUUGAUUUAAGCUCUGAGGUGGAUCAAUAUCUGGAUUAUAAAUUCACUAAAUGGAUGACAAAAAAUAUGGGCUUGCAAGGAAUACCUCCAAGUGCAUUUUACGGUGAAACUCAUAAAAACCUUGGUGAAAAUUUUGUACGUUAUUGCUUUAUCAAAAAGCAGGAAAACUUGGAAAAGGCAGCAGAACUCCUUAAAAAGUGGAAAUCUUAAAGCCUUAUAAAGUGUGUAAAUAUAUUUUUUUUGUUAGUGUGUUGACGCUAUUAUUAAGAUUGCAUAUAUUUGUUUAUAAUUUAAUAUUUUUUGGUAAAGAAGUAAAAUAUUAAAAACUACACGUCAUAUGAUGA